UAUAAAACGGAUCAAAGCCGUGCGGAGUUUCAAGGAGGGUGGUCGCGUUACGCUCGGAACUUUCUCAGACGAUAUCCUUUUGAGUUACACACAGAGAAAUACAUAUACAUAUAUACAUGGUUCAGUUCGCGUAACGCAUAUAAAAAAUGACGAAGCGUCGUGUGAUUUGACAGUGAAGAAACAUUUAAUGAGAAAAGUGCCUCGGUAUCCUGUGAUAUCCGGAUUCUGGUCAACGGACCGACAUUGGUAAUCAGUGAACGGAAGGAAGGUUUGAGGUGCGAAACGCGAAAGGGUGAGACGGCAAGGGUGAAUCGGCAGCGGAGGGUUAGGCCGAAGUGAUGACGGGCGAGGAAGGAAAGUGCGGGGGUGGAACUGGCACUGGCGGGGGUGCUGGUAACACCAAUGCGAACACAAACGUUACCGACAACGUGAACAAUGUUAACGCGAACGUACACGCGAACGUUAAUGCCAACAUAAAUGUCAGCCAACAAAAUGGAGGGCCGGAAAAAGCGCCUGUCGUCGGCGGUACCAACGUGGAAACAUUACCCCGCGCUGAAAAACAGAGUGAUCCCAGCACGGCAUUUCUUCGAGCAGCUCGAGCAGGGCAGCUGGAAAAGGUUUUGGAACACUUAGAAUCUGGGGUGGAUAUUAAUGCUUCUAAUGCUAAUGGUUUAAAUGCUUUACACUUGGCGGCCAAAGAUGGACAUUUGGAAAUCGUCAGAGAACUUCUUAACCGAGGCGCAGUGGUCGAUGCUGCUACAAAAAAGGGAAACACAGCAUUACAUAUCGCUUCUCUUGCUGGACAGGAGGAGGUGGUACAAUUGCUGGUACAACGAGGUGCUUCUGUGAAUGCACAGUCACAAAAUGGAUUCACGCCAUUGUAUAUGGCGGCUCAGGAAAAUCAUGAUUCCGUAGUCAAAUAUCUUCUGAGCAAAGGUGCCAAUCAGACAUUGGCUACUGAGGAUGGUUUCACCCCGUUAGCAGUAGCGAUGCAACAGGGUCAUGACAAGGUGGUGGCAGUUCUAUUGGAAAAUGACACUCGUGGUAAAGUUCGACUACCUGCCCUCCACAUUGCUGCCAAGAAAGACGACUGCAAGGCGGCUGCCCUACUUCUGCAAAACGAUCACAAUCCCGACGUAACAUCGAAAAGCGGUUUCACGCCGCUUCACAUAGCUGCACACUAUGGCAACGAUCGAAUUGCUUCCUUGCUUUAUGACAGAGGGGCGGAUGUUAAUUUUGCUGCAAAGCACAAUAUUACACCAAUGCACGUAGCAGCAAAAUGGGGAAAAAUCAAGAUGGUGAAUCUUCUGAUGAGCAAGGGAGCGAACAUCGAAGCGAAAACGAGAGACGGUCUUACGCCCCUUCAUUGUGCGGCCCGAUCUGGCCAUCACGAGGUCGUUGACAUACUAAUCGAAAAAGGAGCACCAAUAGGUUCGAAAACGAAGAACGGUCUUGCACCGUUGCACAUGGCUUCUCAAGGAGAUCACGUUGACGCCGCGAGGAUAUUAUUGUAUCAUCGUGCACCGGUGGACGAAGUGACGGUAGAUUACCUGACAGCUCUACACGUGGCAGCUCAUUGCGGACAUGUGCGAGUCGCUAAGCUCUUACUCGAUAGAAAUGCCGAUCCAAACGCACGAGCUCUAAACGGCUUUACUCCACUUCACAUCGCCUGCAAGAAGAAUCGACUGAAGGUCGUUGAGCUCCUUUUAAAGCACAAAGCUAGCAUUGAAGCUACCACAGAGUCUGGAUUGACGCCUCUACAUGUAGCAAGCUUCAUGGGAUGCAUGAACAUAGUGAUUUAUUUACUGCAACACGCAGCUAGUCCCGAUGUACGAACUGUAAGGGGCGAAACGCCUUUGCAUUUAGCUGCCAGAGCGAAUCAGACUGAUAUUAUCAGGAUACUUCUUAGAAAUGGUGCCCAAGUUGAUGCCACGGCAAGGGAGGAGCAAACACCACUUCACGUUGCGUCCCGAUUGGGUAACGUUGACAUUGUUAUGUUGUUACUUCAACAUGGUGCCGGCGUAGAUGCUACGACGAAAGAUUUAUACACUCCACUUCAUAUCGCCGCUAAAGAAGGUCAAGAAGAGGUUGCAUCCGUUUUGUUAGAAAACGGCGCUUCGCUUACCGCAACGACCAAAAAAGGAUUUACACCUUUACAUUUGGCAGCUAAGUACGGUAAUAUGAACGUAGCAAGAUUAUUAUUACAGAAGAAUGCGCCAGUCGACGCGCAAGGAAAGAAUGGAGUUACUCCACUUCAUGUAGCAUCCCAUUAUGACCAUCAAAAUGUAGCACUGCUUUUACUUGAUAAGGGUGCAUCACCUCAUGCUAUGGCUAAAAAUGGUCAUACACCAUUACACAUUGCUGCACGUAAAAAUCAGAUGGACAUUGCAACUACUUUGUUAGAAUAUGGGGCAAAAGCAAACGCGGAAUCAAAAGCUGGAUUUACGCCGCUACAUUUGAGUGCACAAGAAGGCCAUACCGAUAUGUCAACGCUUCUUAUUGAGCACAAAGCAGAUACAAAUCAUAAAGCAAAGAAUGGUCUCACGCCGCUACAUUUGUGCGCACAAGAAGAUAAAGUUAACGUUGCCUCUAUUCUCGUUAAAAAUGGUGCUCAUAUUGAUGCUAAAACAAAGGCUGGCUAUACUCCACUACACGUGGCAUCUCAUUUUGGUCAAGCAGCUAUGGUACGAUUUCUACUACGUUCCGGCGCAGCUGUUGAUAGUAGUACCAAUGCCGGGUAUACUCCAUUACAUCAAGCUGCACAACAAGGUCAUACAUUAGUGAUUAAUUUAUUGUUGGAGGGUAAAGCGAAACCGAACACUACUACAAACAAUGGUCAAACUGCAUUGGAUAUUGCACAAAAACUCGGUUACAUUAGCGUUAUCGAAACUUUGAAAGUAGUUACAGAAACAGUCAUCACAACAACUCAUACCAUUACUAUAGAAGAGAAAUACAGAGUUCAAGCUCCAGAGUCAAUGCAAGAGACGUUUAUGAGCGAUAGUGAAGACGAAGGGGAUGUAGCAGCUUCUAGCAUAUAUAAAAGGAUGCUGAAAGACAUUUUUAAUUUAUUCAUAUCAGAAUUCAUUGCAUGAAGCUUUUCUCCAUCAGAUGAUAAUUUUA